AUGUCAAUAGAAGAUCAGGGCUCCGGCAGCGACAAUCAGCCCUGGGCGGCGCAGCACACCGAGGACAGCCCCCUACCUCAACAACCUCCAGAAACGCAUCCGGCAGAUGGUCUACAUGAACCGAUCUCCUUCAAGCGAAAGCAACGACAUCAAUCCGGGUUCAGCCUCUCGAGUCUCUUCUCGAAUAACGCGGGUGAAUCGCAUGCGGGCUUUGGCUCCCCGGGGCCGCAAGGUGGACACAACGCAGAUGCAUCACCACCACCACCAGAAUCACAGAUUCCGGUUGGAACGAAUGGCAAUGCCAACGCAUCCAAAGAUGGCACCGGUCUCGACUGGUACGUGGAGGGCCCGGGACGGCGUGUAGGCUACGACGAUUUCACCGCCAUCGAUUGGAUCUACGAGUACACAAAAGAGCGUCAACGGAAACGGUUACUCUAUGCCAGUGGACAAGGCAUUAUGGGUCAUGCUCGUCGGCUGCUGGAGGCCAGCAAUGUAUGGUUUGUGUUGGUCGCAACUGGGCUUGCGGUCGGAAUCAUUGCCGCGGCGAUCGACAUUGCGACGGAUUGGCUAGGAGAUCUAAAGACCGGGUACUGCAAAAGCGGUCGGGGCGGAGGCAAAUUUUAUCUAAAUCGGAGUUUCUGCUGCUGGGGUCACGAUGAUCUGUCCAACUGUAUAGACUGGACACCCUGGGGGAAUGCUUUUGGCGACGACUCCACCGUGGGAGGUUUUGCUCUUGCAUAUUUCGUCUAUAUCGUGUUCUCGCUGUUAUUCGCUGUUUGUGCGUGUUUCCUCGUCCGCAACUAUGCCAUUUAUGCCCGGCACAGUGGAAUUCCCGAAAUCAAGACGGUACUUGGUGGAUUUGUGAUUCGGCAUUUCAUGGGUCCAUGGACUCUGGCUAUCAAGUCCCUUGGAUUGUGUCUUGCUGUCGCAUCUGGCUUGUGGCUGGGGAAAGAAGGCCCCCUGGUGCAUGUUGCAUGCUGCUGUGCCAAUAUCAUGAUGAAGCCUUUUGACGGUCUCAACAAUAAUGAAGCGCGAAAACGCGAGGUUCUUUCUGCGGCCGCUGCUGCUGGCAUAUCGGUCGCCUUUGGUGCUCCCAUCGGAGGAGUCCUUUUCAGCCUUGAACAACUGUCAUACUAUUUCCCUGACAAAACAAUGUGGCAAAGCUUUGUCUGUGCUAUGGUCGCAGCAGUCACGCUGCAGGCAGUCAACCCCUUCCGCACGGGCAAGAUUGUGCUCUAUCAAGUCUCAUACUCACGGGGAUGGCAUCGCUUUGAAAUCAUCCCGUUCAUUAUUCUUGGUAUCGUGGGUGGUCUUUACGGGGCGUUCCUGAUCCGUGUGAAUCUCAAAGUUGCCAGAUGGCGCCGAACCCGACCCGUUUCUUCUCCUGCCCAGCCCAUUGUCGAAGUCGCUGUGGUGGCCUUGUUGACAGCCUUUAACAACUUCCCGAACGUUUUCAUGAGGGCCCAGAAUUCUGAACUGGUUCAAGCGCUGUUCUCCGAGUGCAGCAGCGAUUACUACGAUCGGUUUGGGCUAUGCCAGUCUGGGUCAGACUCCGUCGGGGUUAUUGCGUUGUUGCUGUGGGCGGCUGCCCUGGGCUUUCUCCUUGCUACGGUGACAUUUGGCCUGGAAAUCCCUGCUGGCAUUAUUCUCUCCCCUCGGUUGCCAUUGGUGCUCUCUAUGGACGUGCCUUCGGGAUUGCCGGACGUUCCAUGCGUGACACCCGGCUUAUAUGCCAUCAUUGGGGCAGCGUCCGCUCUGGGCGGUGCAACGCGAAUGACACUGUCAAUAGUUGUUAUCAUGUUCGAGUUGACCGGCGCAUUGACGUAUGUGAUUCCGAUCAUGAUUGCAGUGAUGCUAUCCAAAUGGUGCGGUGACAUUUUUGGCAAGCGCGGUAUCUACGAGUCGUGGAUUCAGCUCAACGAAUACCCCUUCCUGGAUCACCGCGAUGAUACCGCUCCACCAGACGUAUGCGGUCACCGAGUCAUGACCGUCGUCGACGACAUCACCUGCAUCACUGCUACGGGUCACACCAUUGGGUCUCUUCGCAAUCUGCUUACCAACACUUCAUAUCGGGGAUUCCCUGUGGUGACUGAUUCGUCGAAGCCCGUCCUUCUUGGGUAUAUCACCCGCAAUGAGCUUUCGUAUGCCCUGAAAUGCUCUUCCUCUCCGAACAAUCCCAACCUAUCCGGCGAAACACAGGUCUUCUUCGUUCAUCAGCCGUUCGCCGAUCCCGUCGAGACCUUGGAUCUGCGGCCCUGGAUGGACCAGACCCCCAUCACGCUGAACAGCAACAUCAGCUUCCUGAUUGUGCUGCGGAUGUUCCAACGCUUGGGUCUGCGAUAUGUAAUCUUUGCCGACAAGGGCAUUCUCCAAGGAUUGAUGACGAAGAAAGACGUGUGGUCUGUGCUGAACGGAGUCGAGUUCCGUCGACAAGAAGCCAUGCGAGGGGGUGAGUUCGUGGAGAAUGGUGCGGCCGAGGAAGUCGGCUUGCUUCAUGGGGAAGACCGAAGCAGCCUUAGCAGUUCGUUGAGGCGAGAUUCGUUGUGA